GCUUCAGUCAACGGCGAGCGCUCUUCGCGAGCGGAAUUCCGCGGAAAUAUAUAGAGGAAAACAAAGGCUGCGAACGAGAGAGUACAGAAAACAAAUAAACAACAAAAAAUACAAAACACAAAUUAGUGCUAUGUAAAAGUCCGAAAACGAACCGAAAAUUGUGUCGACAAGUGUCGCCGGCGGUGGGCACAAAAAAAAAAUAAAUAAAAACAUUCAGGGCAUCUCAGAUGCCGCGAUGACAGAGCCAAUUAGUGCGGCGGUGCAGCGGCGGAGGCAACUGCUCCACAGCGUGGAAAGUUUGCGCGGUCGUGUUCGUCAAGUGCUAAAAUGUGUUAUUAAUCAGCAUAUUGAGUUUCUGGUGCUCGAAUCCGAUGUGGCCGCUCUGCUGGACGAGGUGCGUGAAUUCAACGACGACCACGAGGAGAUGAGGCGUCUGGACAGGAUGAUCGAGGCUCUGAGGGACUACAGCGGACCGACGAUAUGCCACGAGUGGCCCUAUCCCCUCAUCUUCAAAGGCACAAUCGACGAGGCACACGUCGCACAAAUACUCAAUGCCAGCGAACUGGAUCUGGAUGCGAAGUUGGUUAAGCUUUCCGAGGGGAGAAACUGCAUCCAUGUGGAAUCCGAUGUGGUCACAGCUCAAAGGCGCUCCAGAUUGCUGUGGUUCUCGCGGAGAAGAAGGGGCAAACGAGCUGAGUGCUUAAAGGAUCCCAAUGCAGUAGUUUAAGCUUAUCUCAGAGAUUUAAACUAGUCCGAAAUGUAUGUGAACAAAGUAUUGUAGCCCAAGCUGUAAUCUGCCAUUACAAACGAGCCGAAAUGCAAUCAUAAUAGUUACAUAAUAGUUGAUUAUAGUAUAUUUAGGAAAGACUACAGUAAGAUGUCAUUAAGGUUUUGAACCGGCAAAGCUUCUUAAGUUAAUGUAAAGUAUAUUUUCACAUCUUUUAGCAUUUACGAUUUAUUGAAAAAGUAAAAAGCCAUUUGCCAUUUAAUAACAUUUUCCAUUUGCCAUUUAAUAACAUUUUCCAUGUAAUCUAAUAAGUGUUUAAUAAAGCGAUUUUACUUGACUUCAA